AUGCCCACCGGCGGCAGCUCGCUCUCUCGACGACGGCAAUCUUCCGUCCACACUCUUUCAUCACCGUCACAAACAUCAUCUGCAUCUCGGCCGACCCGUAACGUUCCUUAUACGAAGCUGUCGCCGCGCACGCAUCGAAAGACGAUGAUUUCUCCUCGCAGCAGCAACUACGAACGACUCGAGGGCGGAUGGAAAGGCCCCGAUCUCUCAGAGGUCGAUUAUGACCCCCUUCCGCCUCCAGUAAACCCAGAGUCCGACCAUCAUACUGUGCAUGUUGAGGCACCUUCUCGCACUCAGCCCUCGCCUUCACGUCCUACGUCUUACGAUUCUGAUCCAGACCCUCUCAAAACGGUCUACUGUACCAAGCCAUACACACCGUCCAGCCCCCUUGUUCAAUAUGCUCUCAUGAUUGACGCAGGCUCGACAGGCUCCCGUAUCCACGUGUACAAAUUCCAUAAUUGCGGCCCAUCACCAGCGUACGAAUAUGAGGUCUUCAAGCAAACCCAACCGGGUCUGUCCUCGUAUGCUGGUGCCCCACAGGACGCUGCUGCAAGUCUCGACACCCUCCUCGACGUCGCUGUAUCUACUGUCCCAGAAUCCCUGAGGAAGUGCACACCCGUCGCAGUCAAGGCGACCGCUGGCCUGCGUCUACUCGGCCCUGAGCAGAGCGGUGAGAUCUUGGCUGCAGUUCGGCAGCGCCUGCGUACGACCUAUCCGUUCCCCAUCGCCGACGACAACAGCGUUAUGAUCAUGGACGGCAAAGACGAGGGUGUCUACGCCUGGAUCACGGUCAACUAUUUGAUGAACACGAUCCGCGCUGACUCUCCCAAGGGCUCUACGCCGUAUGCCGUCCUGGACCUCGGCGGCGCAUCCACGCAGAUCGUCUUCGAGCCCUCCUUCGAUAAAACGAAAUCCGACUCGUCCCUACAGGAAGGCGACCACAAGUACGAGCUCAAGUUUGGCGGACGCACCCAUGUGUUGUACCAGCACUCGUACCUCGGAUAUGGGCUCAUGCGCGCGCGGAAGAGCGUGCAUCGUCUCGUUGAGUUCAUGGAUUCCAUCAGGGCAAACGGCGCGGGCAAGGAGAUUGGUAACCCAUGCUUGGGCCGUGGAACGAGCCGGGUGAUAGAGCUAGAGGACAGCGAUGGGAAGGCCAAGAAUGUGACUAUGGUAGGUGAGGAGGUAGGCGGGUUCGAGGCGUGCAACCGCGUCAUGCAACUUGUCAUGGCCAAAGACGCCAUAUGCGAAGUAAAACCCUGCUCGUUCGACGGCGUUUACCAGCCAUCCAUCCUCGACACCUUCCCCUCUGGCAAAAUCCUGCUCCUCUCCUACUUCUACGAUCGGCUCAACCCCCUCCGCCCCUCGACCAAUCCGCCUCGCCUCACGAUCUCCUCCCUCGCCGAGCUCGCAACGGACGUCUGCAAGGGUCGCCCGGCAUGGGAGAAGCGGUGGGGCGGGGACGCCGAAGCCAUGAAGGAGCUCGCCGGGCGUCCCGAGUACUGCUUGGAUCUCACGUUCAUGCACGCGCUGCUGCGUCUCGGGUACGAGUUCACGGACGAGCGGGAGGUGCAGAUCGGGAAGCAACUGGAGGGGACGGAGUUGGGCUGGGCUUUGGGUGCUGCAAUUGCGAUGGUCGGAGGAGAGUUGAAGUGUAAGGUGUAGAUGCCAUGUAUGAGGGGUCAUGCGAUGCGGCUUAUGAGACUGUGGUCUUAUUAUAGUGUAGAUGAGUAUUACUAUCAUAAUUUAUGGAUUUUUUUUGCUCUGA